AUGGCUGGCAUGACGUGCCUUCUCCUUUUGCUGUGGGCCGGAGUCACAGUGAGCACAGUGGUGGAUCUGCAGAAAAGAAUCAUUGGAGGAAAGGAUUGUGACCGUGGAUACCAUGUGAAGUUGCAUAGAGCGGAUCCUGACAGCAUCUGUGGAGGCUCUCUGAUCAGCAACCAAUGGAUUCUGACUGCAGGACACUGUUGGACCGACGGAGGGACUUGGAAAGUAUAUUUAGGUGGCAACGAAGUGCAAAUCAGUGAAUCCAAGAAAUAUACAGUGGACACAAAGGACCAUGACAUCAUCCUUCUGAAGCUAAGUGCCACUACUACCACUCCACACGUAAACCUCCCUGGCCCUGACAACUGUAAAAAUACUCCAGAAAAAGUGGAGGUUGCAGGUUACGGAUCAACAGCUACAGACUCUGGCAAUAAAAGACGUUCCGGUCCUGAACAUAGAUCACCUACUCUCCGAUGUGGUGAAAUGAAGACUCUCGUUGACUGUGAAAAGGUUAAAAGAGAAUUGCUUCAUGAGGAUCUACACACAGCUCAGCGUGCAGAAUUUGAAUAUUGGCUCUGUGGCCAAAGCGAUGACGUGGAUAUAUCUCCAGGUGACUCUGGUGGAGGAGUGGUGCACGGCGGCAUAAUUUACGGUGUCAUUACCGCCAGUGGAAGUCCUAAAUAUGCCCUUCAUCAACCAGCUGCAUUUAUGGAUGUCUGUGUGUACAAACGUUGGAUCCAAGAAACUAUAAACGGUCCCUAGUAUUGGAAUACUGUGAAAUUGUCUGCCAUUAACAGGCAUCUCAGUUGAUUGGUUAAGUUUAAAUGUUCAGCUGUUCUUCAACAUGACUGUAGUUUAACAAUGUUGAAAUAAAAUGGAGAUGAAUUCCAAUCAUAAUUUCA